AUGUUGGUGCACGUUCUUUGCCAUCUCUUUGUUCAUUUAUCUCUCCUGCACGUGGUCUUUGCAGCGAGAGCAAGUUCCGUCGCAGACUGGAACGAACAAAACCAAUUGUCUUCCAGCGACGACCCACCAAACGACGACUGGAUCGAUCACUCUUCUUCUCCAGCAGUUGGCGUCAAGUAUCCGAAACGUUAUCCUUCACUCGGAUUGACCCACCACAACAAUUACUAUGCAGACAGUCCCACAGACGUGGUUCGCCACCCUCCCAAAUUGUAUAAUGUUCCCCAGAGGAACGUUGGAACAGGUCGACCGUAUCUGCUUGAGGCCCAGAAGGAACUCCGACCAAGUUCUCACGUAUUUCAGCAGACAAACCAACUUUAUGGUCCCACGCCUGGCCAACAAAGUAUUGGCCAUUUUGGUGGUGGGUCACUUUCACGACCAUCCAUAUGGGGACAGCACCCAGAUAAUAACGAGUCAAAAUUAGGGUGGGGUUGGACCUCGGGAGCAGGAGCCAUGCAACAUCAGCAAUACAAUCGUCUCAGGGAUGGCGGACGUGUCAACUAUGCAGCUGUCAGUUUGUUAGGACUUUUGGCCCUUAUGGGGACAAUUCAGCAUGUCAUGGCCGACUUGGAGAACUCCAUGCCACCCCCCGCGCCUGGCGACGGUGAGAUGGCGAUGAGCAUAUCUGGCAAUCGACCACGCCCGCCCCCACGCCCACUUCGCCCAACGAUGCGACCAUCUGGUGGUGGCGCCACCCCCUCACGUCCUAAACCAGGCAACAACAUGAGUCCGCCAACGUCGGCACCAAUGAUGUCAACCUCGAGCAAAAUGCCAUCCAGACUCCGGUUGAAAUACAAGAACCACACAUUCUCCUAAGAAGAACAAUGCUGUCCUGCACGUCCU